UAAUGAUGGAACUGCGUACUUAAUUGAUUGCCCAAUUGGUUUACAAUUUAAUCCAAUCAGUAGUCGUUGUGAUUGGCCACAUAAUUUGCCAGAAAGUGCAGAAUUUAAGAUAGAAAUUGAUUAUACUUUAUCAUCUGAUGAUCCUGCAAGGUUAAAGGUGUUGGGAUUUUUAAACUUUGGUAUCGAUAUUUAUCGGAAUGCAAAUAUCAUUAGUUCUGAGUCUUUCGAUUCUGAACCGGAGCCAACUCAUGGUUCCGAGACAAUAGG